AUCCCGUCGCGCACGGAUGUUGCGCGCGCUGCUAUGUCUCACACGCGAGUUAUUUUUACGCGAUAACAUAUAAUAGUAAUAAAUAGUUAUACAUUCGUAAUCAUUGCAAUAAAUUAGUGCACUGUGCUGUUAUAUGUGAUGUCAGUUGACGAAAAGUUUGUAGAGAAUUAGAAAGCAAGUUGCCAAAAGUAGUUCUCAAAGUUAAUUAGUAAAGUAAAUUAGAUGUUCGAGAUGAAAAGGAUUUGUCACCUCAUCUUCCGGCUCCUUUUUCUACUGGACGGCGGGGUGUGGUCGCUCCGCAACCUGUCGAUCUCCGUGCCGCGCGCCGUGCUGUCGGGCGAGGGGCAGGCGGCCGUGCUGCGCUGCAGCUACGACCUGGAGGGCGCCGCGCUGUACUCCAUCCGCUGGUACAAGAGCGAGACCGAGUUCUACCGCUACGUGCCGCGAGAGAUGCCGCCCACUAUGGUGUUCCCGCUGCCCGGCGCUAGCGUCGACCUGGCGCAGUCGGACCACCAGCAGGUGCGCGUGGUGAACCUCAACCGGCGGCUCAGCGGCGACUACCAGUGCGAGGUGUCGGCCGACGCGCCGCUGUUCCACACCGACAUCCGCUCCGCGCCGCUCACAGUCGUCGACCCCCCGUUCCGCGCGCCGCAGCUGUCGGUGUCGCAGCGCAGCUACGCGCGGGGCGACGUGGUGCGCGCCAACUGCUCCGUGGACGAGGCCUACCCGGCGCCCAACAUCACGUGGAUACUCGACGAUCACAAGAUAGCAGAGACGGUAACUUGGCGGACAUCAGAUCAGGACUUCAAGGAGCGCGGCGCGUUCAGUCAGCUGGAACUGACAGUGCUGGAGGCGGAGCACUACCGCGUGGGGCUGACGUACACCAGCGCCAGCCUCAGCCGCGUCUACCCCGACCACUACAUCUACGACCGGGAGGCGGAGGCGGACGACGAGCGGGAUGUUGUCAGUGUCAGAUACACAAUGGUGCCCCCCGCCAGCGGCCAGUUCGCACUGGGCUGCGUGGCGACCAUCUUCGACAUCUACGCGCGUAAGAGCGAGCCUGUCCUCAUCCGAGAGGACGCCCCGCACCCCGCUUCCGUCACAGGAGAAGACUCAUCAGGUACCACGUUGAGCUACAACACGCUGCUGGCGUGCGCGGCGUGCGCUCUGGCCACGUUAUGAUCACGUGGCCGACUGCCGUAACAGCGUAAGGGAACUGAAUGUUGUGAUAGACAUAAGGACUGUUGCGUUCGAGCCACAUCUAUAUGCCAAUAUAACAACCAUUUAUAAUUUUAAUAAUUUUCAAAAUAUUUAACAAAGCAUUAUUAAAAAUUUAUUCAAAAUGCCUCACAUUGCGGGUGUUCACAUUUUGAGUGCCCAAGAAAUCGGUGGUCAGGGCUCCAGUGUGACGGACCUCUUCACAAUGCCCUGUCUCAAGAAUUACUGCCUUCUGUAUCGUACCCUUGAUUCAACUGUCAAAGCUUCUCAUUACUCAUAUUAUUAAUGACUUAAUGUAAGACAAUUUUUUAUAGCUAACCCGCCUCUUAAAGAUCAUCGUUCAUUAUACCCACCACUUGUUGACUAAAUUGUGUUGACUAAAGUGUUACCGAAAUGCCACCUGUCAACCAGGUGACACCAGGUCCAUGGGACACCAUUGUUAACCAGUAAACAUCGCAUAGUCCACGAUUGAGUGAACUUUAUUUCUAUUUAUAAUUUCUUGAAUACCUCUUUCAUUUAAGAAACUAAAGCUCAUCCUAAUAGCUUUACAAAUCAUGCCCACAUGGAAUAGUGGUUAGAAUACUGGCUGCAUUUCUGCGUUGGAUAGCCAGGCUGAUACUUUGCGAGAAAAAUGAGCCAGUCUUUCUGUCAGCCGCGGUGAAUGUAGUUUGGCAAUAUGUUUGGAAAUGUGUUUGGCAAACAUUUGUGACUCAAACGCAAUGGUCUUGAUAAAGUAAUAUUAAUAAAUAGUUGAUACGUACAACCGGCAACCAAAGUUUAUACGUACAGAUGCGAUUUCCAUUUUUUUAUUGUCAUGUAAAUAAAAUGACGAUAGGGUCAAUUCAAUUGAUGUUUAUUAUGUUAAUAAUAAUGAUAUAUGAAUAAUAGUAAGUAUGUUAAGAGCUGUGUUGCCGUGCGUAUUAGGUAUAAGUUAUGAUAUUAUAAUAAUUAUUUCAAUGUUAAAAAUACUAUAUGUGAAUAUGUAAAUAAAUU